AUGGGUAUAAAGGUACCGACUGGUAAAGGAGGUCGACUUAUUGUAUGUCACGCAGGAUGUGCUCGCUACGGGUUCAUUGAAGGGUCGAAAUUGGUAUUUCGUAGUAACAGCGGAAAUACAAUCGAUUACCACGACCAAAUGAAUGGUGAAGUGUUCAAACAGUGGUUUAUUCAAUUGUUGAGUAACCUUGAAGAGCCAUCCGUUAUCGUAAUGGACAAUGUGCCAUACCAUUCUACCCUCAAAGAAUCAUACCCAAAAAGUAAUUGGAGAAAAGCCGACGUCCAACAAUGGUUAACGGGUAAAAACGUUGAAUUUCAUCCAUUAGAAACACUACCAGAACUUCGUCAAAAAGUUAAGAACCUAAUGCCACGAGAAAAAAAAUACGAGCUGGAUGAAAUCGCGUUGGAAAAGGGUCAUGAGGUAAUCCGUCUACCACCUUAUCAUUGUAAAUAUAACCCGAUAGAGUUAAUUUGGGCUCAGGUAAAGGGUGAAGUGGCAAAAAAAAACAACACGUUCAAAAUGGUUGACAUUGAACGUCUAACACAUGAGGCAUUAGAUGCAGUGACUGUAGAUGAUUGGAAGAAAUGCGUCCGACAUGCGGAAGAAAUUCAAAUUGAAGACAACAAAAAAGAAAUUAUGCGGGACACCAUGAUUGAACCAAUAAUUCUUACCAUACUUCCGGAUGACAGUGACUGGAGUGACGACGACGAUCAAGAUGAUGACGAAGGAAACAGAGAAUAA